AUGAGGCUAUUAUUACCGAAAACUCAGUUGGAAUUCUUUGGAACUGUAGUACCUUCGCAUAUUCUGGUGUUGAAAGUUGGUGCACCCAUAAUUCUGUUGAGAAAUUUGGAUCCCCCUUCACUUUGCAAUGGUACAAGAUUAUCUGUCAAGAAGCUCAUGAAAAAUGUUAUUGAAGCAACUAUUUUAACUGGUCAUGCAAAAGGAAAAGACGUGUUCAUCUCAAGAAUUCCCAUUAUACCAUCUGAUGUACCAUUCAUUUUAAACGGCUUCAGUUCCCAAUAUCUAAGUUUUGCAAUAAGUAUAAACAAGGCACAAGGACAGUCUUUAAAGGUUGUUGGGAUAAACCUACAAAGUCCAUGUUUUUCACACGGCCAGUUGUAUGUUGGUUGA